CUUUAUCUCACGCAUGGGUAUACGCCUUCUUUUUUUGGAGCUAUUGUUGGAUGCAUUAUAAAAUGAUCAUAUAAAUAGGAGGGCUUUGGUUAUUUACUUUUACUAAUUCGUAAAGAAUGACAUCCAUACUUCUUCUAUUUGCACUCAUAACCUCUUGUCUUGCUGCUUAUCCGGAAUACAAUACAUGUUAUGCACUCACUGCUUGGAGCGAAGCAGGAGAAGGAACGGUUGGAUGGGGUAAGCGUCGUAGAUGGGACACAUACCGGCUCAUGCUCAAGAAAGAGCUUCCAUCUAUCCACGGCGCAACCAAGCUGACAAAUGCCCAAGGCAAAUCUGGCAAGGUCUCCCCAUGGGAUGCAGUCCAUGUCGAAACCAAGUUCUUUGGUUCAGAGAAAAUGUAUAGCUGGGGACGACAACAGUGGUACGUCAACCCUGCACCACAAAUAGAAGGCGAAGUAUUUGUUCUUAAGCCGUCUCAUUUGGAAGAUCAUUGGUUGAUCCGACGUAAACUGGAUGGUCUACUCAUCACCUUUCAACCCGACACGAUGUCCUCCGCAUACUCUCCAGACCGUGCUGCCUUAUUUUCGUUUGAGCCUAUUGAUGAUGCGUAUUGCAGUGACAAGGUAUAUCUACCUGAUCCUUCCAAGUCUGGACUGUACUAUCAGCAGGUCGGAAGUGGUCAUUCUGUAGAGAAAGAGAGAAACGAUGUUGAUGUAAAGGCAUGCAUAUAA